UAGUGGAUCAUCCAUCCACACCACAUGCAGCCGAAACAGACAAACAAAGCCUACAAAAUUAUAUUUUGGGCAGAUGUGGAUUUUUUGAUGUAGUGCUGAGGCUAGCAGCCGAAACCUGUCAUCUACAUAUCGCGUGGACGCGUUUGGGCAAACAAGAGCAUGGGGCAGCAUCUUGGAAAACAUGAGCUUUCUGUUCCCAAGGAAUCCUCAACCGUAUCUGAACGCAUCCUAACAGACUCACCGGAGUCACAAGAUGAGGUAUUUGGACAAGGGGAGGCGGACCUUAACCAGAACAAUGGGUGCUCCAGCAAGAGUCCAGUGGUGACUGACUCCAUGAACGCUGCAGUAGAUCUCAGCAGCUGGAACCAUCCGAACACAGCCGACCCUAAUGCCUCAGGGCAUAUGUUGGUUACUUAUCAAUUGCGUCCUUAA